AUGUACGACUUUGAAGACGAGGCGAAAAAGGUGAUCGGUCUUCGAGAUACCCUUGUGAAGCACGCCGAAGACGCCAAGCUGUUGACGAUGGACGCUGCCGACCUGCCACCGGCUUUGGCGCAGUUUCAACAGCGAUACAAGCGGUUUGUGAUCGAAAGGCGGCUGCAGAGGGACAGAGAUACCACUCGAGACAAGCUACAGAUGGCAAAACAUGGGCGAUUCGACCUGUUGAAUGACGAGUUUUUAAGCGAGAAGGCCAAGGACGAAGAUAAUGACAAGCUGAGAGCUGCCUUUGACUUGUCAGGGGUCCAGAGCAAACUGGUUCUCCAAGUGGAGGCGGCUGGAGGAGGUAAUGUGGUUACUCCAAGUGCUGCCAUGACAAAUGUUUCUGGCCCAAGUACCUGUACCACAGGAGUCACGGUUGCCUCUUCUGCUACACCAGCUGCUACUAGCGAUGUGAGAAGUGGAAAUGCUGCCUCUGCCCCAGCUCCCCCUGCCACAUCGUCAUUUACUCAGGCAGAUCAGCCCAUGUACGGAGACGACGACUGUAUGAUUGUUCGAGAGGCUACUGCAACCAAGGUUAUUUCUCUGCCAUCGUCACCAACACCCAGUCCAAAGGCUCCCACUACCCAGUCUCCUCAGCAGCAGCCUCAGUACUCAGACCAUGCUCCUGAUGGGGAAGUGAGGGAACAGGACGACCUGGACGACCAGGACGACCCGGAGGAAGACGGAGAUGUGCCUCCGAAGAAGAAACGGUUGUCGAAGAAACAGCGCGAGAAGCGAAAGCAGUUGCAGCAGCAACAAUUCAUGCUGCAGUAUCAACUCCGGCAACAGCUGAUGGGCCAGAUGAACCCUUCAUUGUACGACCCAAACAACCCAUCGCAGCCUCCUCUACCCAAGCAGCCUCAACCCCCGGCUCCAGGAGAGCCUCAGACGCAAGCAUCACAGGGACAGAAUAUAGGUCAGCAACAGUUCCCCUUCACAUUCCCUCCUUUCAACCCCGCCUAUAAAUUCAACAUGCCUGGGAUGCCUCCUAUGCCACCGAUGCCUCCAGGAAUGCCACCAAUGCCUUUCUGGCCAAGCAAUUUCUCCCCUCCUCCGCAGCCUCAGCCACAGCCUCAGCCACAACAGCAGCCACAGCAGCAGCAGCAACGGCAGAGAAAGACUCCUGACCCAAAUGACGUUUACGGACAGCCAAGUUACACCGACAACUAA